AUGCAGCCCCCGGCGGCCUCCCCCGGCCCCGCCGCCCCGGCGGGUACCGAGCUGCUGCGGUGGCAGUGGCGGGAGGUGCAGGGUCCCUGCUUGGUGGCCGCCUGGAUUCUAGUGGCCAGCCUGGCCAAGAUCGUUUUCCACCUCUCAAGGAAGGUGACAUCCAUCGUCCCGGAGAGCUGCCUGCUCAUCCUGCUGGGCCUCGGUCUGGGUGGCAUCGUGUUGGCUGUGGCGAAGAAAGCUGAGUACCAGCUGGAGCCCAACAUGUUCUUCCUCUUCCUUCUGCCCCCCAUCGUCCUGGACUCAGGCUACUUCAUGCCCAGCCGGCUGUUCUUCAACAACAUCGGUGCCAUCCUCACCUACGCCGUCGUGGGCACCCUCUGGAACUCCUUCACCACCGGCACUGCGCUCUGGGGGCUGCACCGGGCUGGCCUCAUGGAUCCAGGCGUGGAAGCUGGGCUGAUGGAUUUCCUGCUCUUCGGCAGCCUCAUCUCAGCCGUGGACCCAGUGGCAGUGCUGGCCGUCUUCGAAGAGGUCCACGUCAAUGAGACCCUCUUCAUCAUCGUCUUUGGCGAGUCUCUCCUGAAUGAUGCUGUCACUGUGGUGCUGUACAAGGUCUUCAACUCCUUUGUGGAGCUGGGCCCAGCACACAUUCGUGCCACGGACUACGUGAAGGGGGUAGCCUCCUUCUUCCUGGUGAGCCUUGGUGGCACGGCCGUGGGGCUGCUCUUCGCCUUCCUGCUGGCGCUGAUCACGCGGUUCACCAAGCGGGUGCGCAUCAUCGAGCCGCUCUUCGUCUUCCUCCUGGCCUACGUUGCCUACCUGGCUGCUGAGAUGGUCUCCCUCUCCUCCAUCCUGGCGGUCACCUUCUGUGGGAUCUGCUGCAAGAAGUAUGUGGAAGCCAACAUCUCCCAGAAGUCUCGCACCACCGUCAAGUACACCAUGAAGACACUGGCCAGCAGCUCAGAGACCAUCAUCUUCAUGUUUCUGGGCAUCUCAGCUGUGGACACCUCCAAGUGGGCAUGGGACACAGCACUGGUGCUGGGCACCUUGUUCUUCAUCCUGCUCUUCAGAGCCGUGGGUCAGCAUCUGCCCCUAGGUGUUGUCCUCCAGACCUGCGUGCUCAACCGCUUCCGCCUCAUCCCCCUCGACAGGAUUGACCAGGUGGUCAUGUCCUAUGGUGGCCUCCGUGGGGCUGUGGCCUUUGCCCUGGUCAUCCUGCUGGACAGGGCCAAAGUGAAAGCCAAGGACUACUUUGUGGCCACCACCAUCGUGGUGGUGUUCUUCACUGUCAUCGUGCAGGGCCUCACCAUCAAGCCCCUGGUGAAGUGGCUGAAGGUGAAGCGCAGUGACUACCACAAACCCACCCUGAACCAGGAGCUCCAUGAGCAUGCUUUUGACCACAUCCUGGCAGCAGUGGAAGACAUCGUGGGGCAUCAUGGCUACCAUUACUGGAGGGACAAGUGGGAGCAGUUUGACAAGAAGUACCUGAGCCAGCUCCUGAUGAGGAAAUCUGCCUACAGGCUGCGGGAUGAGAUCUGGGAUGUUUACUACAAGCUGAACAUCCGGGAUGCCAUCAGCUUUGCUGACCAGGGUGGCCAUGUGCUUUCAGCUGCCAAGCUGGCUCUGCCCUCCAUGCCCAGCCGCACGUCCAUGUCAGAGUCGUCAGUCACAAACCUCCUGAGGGAGAGCGGGAGCGGGGCGUGCCUGGACCUGCAGGUGAUCGAUACGGUGCGGAGCCGCCGGGACAAGGAGGACGCCGCCAUGCACCACGUGCUGCGGGGGAGCCUCUACAAGCCCCGCCGGCGGUACAAGGCCAGCUACAGCCGUCACUUCAUCUCUCCAGAUAAACAAGAGCGCCAAGACAAAGAGAUCUUCCGGCAGAACAUGAAGAGGCGGCUGGAGACCUUCAAGUCCACCAAGCAUAACGUCUGCUCCUCCAAGAGCAAGGCCAGGCUGAAGGAAAAGGGCAGGAAAAAGAAGAACAUCUCUCUGGGCAGCGAGGCAUCCAAUGGGAAGACCCACAGGAAUGUGCCCUGGCAGGAGGCAGCCCCUGUCCUGGUGAUGGUCAGCUCUGAGGAGGAGGAGAGCGACAGCUCGGAGACGGAGAAGGAGGAUGAUGAAGGAAUUGUCUUCGUCGCUCGAGCCACGGAUGAGGUCCUGCAGGGAAAGUCAACUGCUGGCAGCCUGGACGUCUGCCCCAGCCCCUGCAUCAUCCCCCCGUCGCCCACCCUGGCAGAGAAGGAGCUGCCAUGGAAAGGGGACCAGGCUGACCUGGCUGUUUACAUCUCCUCGGAGACCACCAAAAUCGUGCCAGUGGACAUGCAGAAGGCAUGGAACCAAAGCAUCUCCUCCCUGGAGAGCAUCGCUUCCCCCCCAGGCAUCGAGAGUGGACCUCAGCACAGGAGGUUGGCCUGCCCUGUGCUGGGGGAGCAGCCCCAGUCUGCCAGCCAGGUGACAGUGGAGCAGAGCUCCUGCUUCCAGUUCCCCAGCCACGUCCCCAGGAGCAGCAGGGCGCAGAGUGACAGCAGCCCAGAGGGUGCUGAGCAGCAGGAGCUGCAGCCUCUGAUGGCCACUGAAGAGCAGGGCAAGGUGCUGCCUACCACGGAGUCCAGGUGGCUGAUGUUCAACAGAGCAAGCCACCUCUGA